AUGGCGCAAGUUCAAGGCCACUACGAUCCCCAAUUCGAAGAGCUGCGGAAGCUUUUCCAGAAAAAUCUGGAUUCCAAAGCGGACCUUGGAGCUUCCAUCACUGUGAACAUCGACGGCAAAAACGUUGUCGAUAUUUGGGGAGGAUACGUUGACGAAGAAUGCACCCGUCCAUGGGAGGCUGAGACUCUUGUAGCAGUCUGGUCAUGCACGAAAGGAGUCGCGAGCCUUGCUCUUCUGAUGCUCAUUGACCGCGGCUUGGUGGAUCACGAUGCAAAAGUUGCUCAGUACUGGCCUGAGUUCGCUGCCAACGGGAAGCAAGAUAUUGAGAUCCGACAUCUCCUGUCUCAUACGUCAGGUCUUUCAGCGUGGGAGGAAGUGGUUACCUUUGAAGACUUGCCUGACCAAGACGCUAUUGCAGCAAAGCUUGCCGCGCAGGCUCCUCUAUGGGAGCCCGGCACGGCGUCAGGAUAUCACGCAGCUACUUUUGGAGUAUUGAUAGCAGAAGUCUUGCGACGCGUGACAGGCAAGACGAUGAAACAAUUUGUCGCUGAGGAGAUUGCAGCUCCUUUGAACGCAUAUUUCCAGAUUGGCCUCUCGGACAAAGAUAUCUCUCGCGCGAGCAACUCUAUCGCGCCGAAAGACAAGCCACCGACUCAGGCAAUGCCAGAACCGGGAUCAAUCUCGUUCAAGACGCUCGCCAAUUCAGUCUUUAGUCCAAAUUUCGUCAACACGGAAACAAUCCGAAAAGCAGACCUCAGCUCCUUCAACGGCUUUGGUAAUGCUCGCGCGAUGAAUCGCAUCUACUCCACCCUAGCACUCGGUGGUGGAGUUGAUGGGGUGCAGUUGCUGUCUCAAAAAACGAUUGACCUUAUCUUCCAAGAACAGUCGGAUGGCAUAGAUUUGGUAAUGGGAUUUCCUAUGGCCUUUGGCGUUGGAUAUGCGCUCGGAGGACGAGGCUCCGCAAACUUCAUGCCAGGUGGAAAGGUUGGCUGCUGGGGAGGCUGGGGAGGAUCGUUAUUCAUUUUUGACAUUGACAGGAAGCUCACAUUUACAUAUGCUAUGAAUCAGAUGUCACAUAACAUAAUGGUCAAAGGGAGAGAAGGGGAGUACGUGAAGGCUGUAUAUAAGGCUUUGGGAGUGGAACUAGAAUAG